AUGGCUAAUUGGGUCUCUUUCACUAAAACAUGGCACAGCAAGCCUUAUGCUGCCAUCGAUCCGACUCGCCCCGAGCUCAAUGCUGCUGGUAAAUUCGUAGUUAUCACAGGCGGCGGAACAGGCAUUGGCAAGUCGAUGGCCAUUGCUUUCGCCCAGGCUGGAGCAUCAACAGUUGCAAUUUUGGGAAGACGCCUCGAUAAGCUAGAAGCUGCAGCGAACGACAUCGCCCAAGCCUCUGGUGAUAAAACAAAGGUCAUCUUUGAGACCGCCGACAUCAGCAAACGGGCCAGCGUUGACACUGCAGUAAAAAAUCUCGUUAACAAAGCCGAUGGUGCUAAUGUUGAUGUUCUCAUCUGCAACGCUGGAUAUUGUCCCGCCACAGGAACUCUUCUUGGGUUCGACGCAGAUGACUUCCGUCAAGGACUCGAUCUAAACAUCAUGGGCGCUUUCAAUACCCUCCAGGCAUUUACGCCUGCGCUUGCCACCAACGCCUACGUCUUUAACACUUCAAGCGGCGCCGCGCUUGUCAAGCCUAUACCCACCAUCUGGGCGUAUGCAACAGCAAAACUUGCAGCCAUCAAGAUAUUUGAGUAUCUUCAGAUGGAGAACCCCGAGUUGCAUGUUGUUCAGAUCCAACCUGGUGUCAUCAGUACUGAGAUGACUGCGGAGGCCGGUAUCGCCGACUCUGCAACAGACGAUCAGGCAAAGUUCCUCAAGGGCAAGUUUGUUUGGGCAAACUGGGAUGUUGAUGAGCUCAAGGCUCGCGCUGAUGAGAUCCAAAACAGCCCUACACUUUUGAAGCUCUGUCUUGACGGUGUGGCUAUGUGA